AUGGCGUCUCCAUGUCUUCCUCGCAUCCUUGGUCGCGCUUCCAGAACUCUUUGCCGGCCACGGAGACAACUGGGCCAGCUUCUCCAAUGGCGGGCAGCGUCAACAAAACAUCCAAAAGGUUUCGUGCCACCGACACAUGAUGACCUGGUGGAAUUGAGAGAGCGGGUUCAAGAAUUUACAAGAAGAGAGAUUCCAGAAGAGGUCGCUGCCCGGACAGAUCUCCAGAAUAACUUCCCCGCCGAGAUGUGGCAGAAGCUUGGAGAAGCCGGAUUUCUAGGUGUUACCGCAGAUGAGCAGUAUGGUGGCUUGUCAAUGGGCUACCAAGCACACUGUGUAGUUUUAGAGGAAAUCAGCAGAGCUUCAGGCAGCAUUGGUCUCUCUUAUGCCGCCCACUCCCAACUUUGUGUUAACCAGCUCUCUCUGAACGGCAGCCCGGAACAGAAAGCCAAAUUUCUUCCAAGCCUGAUCUCAGGACAGAAGAUUGGCGCGCUGGCGAUGUCAGAGCACUCUGCAGGUUCGGAUGUUGUCAGUAUGAAGACUACUGCUAAAGCUGUGGAUGGAGGGUAUCUGCUUAAUGGAACAAAAAUGUGGAUUACCAACGGCCCCGAUGCCGAUUAUAUCGUCGUGUACGCAAAAACGAAGCCCGACCAGGGCUCCAAAGGCAUCACUGCCUUCGUUGUUGAGAAAACAUUCAAAGGAUUUUCCUGCGCUCGGAAACUGGAUAAGCUCGGCAUGAGAGGUUCAAAUACUGGCGAAUUGAUAUUUGAAGAUGUAUUCGUGCCACAGGAGAAUAUGUUGGGAGCGCUCAAUCGCGGUGUGAAGGUGCUCAUGGAAGGGCUUGACCUGGAGCGUCUUGUCCUUAGCGCAGGACCACUAGGGAUAAUGCAAGCAGCCCUUGACCUCGUGCUACCUUACACCCAUACCCGCAAACAAUUUGGCACCCCAAUCGCCCACAACCAACUCAUCCAAGGUAAGCUCGCAGACAUGUACACUAAACUCUCCGCAUCCCGCGCGUACACCUACGCUACAGCCCGCCAAAUUGACGAAGCCGCUGCGUCCUCCUCGAGCGAGGCAAGCAACAGCGCCAUUCGCACUCAGGACUGCGCUGGUGCGAUCCUAUAUGCUGCGGAGCGUGCAACGGAGUGUGCGCUUGAUGCCAUUCAGCUCAUGGGUGGCAACGGAUAUAUCAAUGAGAUUCCAGCAGGACGGCUUCUGCGGGACGCUAAGUUGUAUGAGAUUGGGGCGGGGACCAGUGAGAUUCGAAGGAUGUUGAUUGGGAGAGUGUUCAACAAAGAAUAUUCGUAG